AUGGCACCAGAUCGCGUCGCCAAUGCCCUUGACAACCUGAUAACCCAAAUCGUCCCCUCCAGAGGCCCAAACGAAGGCCAGGAUUCCUGGCAAGCCCGGUACAACUUGAGCCAUGAGCUUGUCAGGGCUAUCAUAAACAGCCCGCCCGAUCCUGACAUCUUAUCGGAUGUCGAUCGGGCCGCCGACUCAAUCAAACGAAAGCUCAUUCAGAGCAAUCCUUCCCAUGCACUCAGAUUUUCAGAUCUCUACUCUAGGCUGCUGGCAGUCCCCGUUCUCAAGUCAAAAUGGGCAAUCUUAUACCUCCUAUACGCCCUAGCCGACUCUCCGGAUCCAAAAGCGCCCCCUCCUCCGCUCAGCAUAAUCCAGCCCUCCUCCUCGAACUAUCGUGAGGCUGUUGCCCGAGAUGCAGUUAAGAAGCGUGCUAGGGCACGCUCAAAAUCUAUCCCUCUUACAAGAAUAGAAGACGACCCGAUGGGAGAGUCUCCCAUACACGAAGAGCUACCUCACAAAAUACCACCAUCAAAAGAACAGAGGCGCAUCGCAGAAGAAAGGCAGCAGCAGAGUGAGCUGGUAAGAAGGGAUGUGUCGGUAAAGUCAGCUCUGCUAUCGAGCAACUAUGCAGAAAUCGAACCUUCAGAAACGGCCAUCCUUCGAGACCUUCCAUUCACGCUCCAAGGUGUAUCCUCCACGACUCUCCCUUUUACGAGAGAAGAUAUCUUGAAGCUCCCCUCCUCACUUCCUCUACCGCUAGUAUCUAUUUUACACACCCUUGCCGAACCCUCGCUGCUUUACCGACGUCUGGAUGCUUUCUGCCAAACCCCUGCCAAUGGUCUUUUGGCCCAGAGCUUGCGAUCGGCAAUUAGCAACGAAUUACGAUCAUAUUUAACGUUGGUUGCGACUUUGGAGGGCCAGAUUCGGAAGGCUUUAUCUCUUUUGGAUGAAAAUGCGCCCAGGGGGGGGAUUGGGAAUACUGGUGUCACGUUAAAGAGAUGUGUGGUGUGGACACGAGAGGCAACUAUGGGCCUGAGGCUCUUGUCCCUGAUUGCUGAAGAGUCAGAAAACAAAAAAGGCGGUCAGAUCAUUACUCUGAUACAUAACUUUGCUUCUUCCAAUGGAGAUCCCGUUGUUGCCGCGUUCGCAGAACGGCUGUUGGGUAGCUUCACCCGGCCCUGGUACGGUAUUCUUCGACACUGGAUAUAUGACGGAGAGCUGUCGGACCCAUCCCUCGAAUUCUUCGUCAGAGAACAAACCGACAAUGAGGAUACGUUACGGAUCAAGGGCAAUGUCUGGGAAGAUAAAUACGAGAUUGCCCAGGACAUGGUUCCAAGCAUCAUCUCACAAGAAUUUGCCCAAAAGAUAUUUCUCAUUGGCAAAUCGUUGAACUUUAUUCGACACAGCUGCGGAGAUUCAUUGUGGGUGGAAGAUUAUUCCAAAGCUGCUUCGAAAGAACUGAGAUACGGCGAUACCGCAACAGUUGAAGUAUGGAUUGAUGAGGCGUACAAGACAACAAUGAAGCGCUUAAUGGACCUUAUGGAAACCAAGUUCCGCCUCUUUGUCCAUCUUCAGGCUUUAAAGGACUAUAUCCUUUUGGGGCAGGGCGACUUUAUCGCACUACUCAUGGAAUCUCUCGCGGCGAAUUUGGACCGCCCUUCAGGUUCUCAAUACCGACAUACACUCACGGCUCAGCUAGAGCAUGCAAUUCGCGGCUCAAACGCUCAGUACGACUCCCCAGAGGUGCUACGGCGAUUGGAUGCCCGAAUGCUUCAGCUAUCGCAUGGCGACAUUGGUUGGGAUUGCUUCACUCUGGAAUACAAGAUCGAUGCUCCCGUGGAUGUUGUUGUUACCGAGUGGGGUAACCGGCAGUAUCUCAAAGUCUUUAAUUUCCUCUGGCGAAUCAAGCGGGUGGAAUUUGUGCUUUUGUCAACAUGGAGAGAGUGCAUGACGGGUUCCAGAAGAGUGUUGCAGAGCCCUAUUCCUGCGGUAGUUCAGACGUGGAAGUCAACAAGAGGCGUGCUCGCCGAAAUGAUUCACUUUGUGGGCCAGCUGCAAUACUAUAUCCUUUUCGAGGUCAUUGAAUCUUCAUGGGGCGAGCUGCAGAAGCGGAUUCGGAAGGAAGAUUGCACACUAGACGACGUUAUCGAAGCGCAUAGACGAUACCUCGAAGACAUUACCCAUAAAGGCCUUCUUGGGCCGAAACUCCGACAUCACCCUUCCGAUAACAAGGAAAGGACUACAUAUCUCGACCAACUCAGCGAGAUUCUUCGCUUCAUGCUGCAUUACCGCGACACCAUUGUUGGUCUGUAUUCGUGGACUAGCGCAGAGUAUACUCGACGACAAGAAGCCGAAUUGAGGAACAUAACACGCCGUGACGAUGAUGGAGGUCUCACAGCCUCUGACAACGUACCAUCUGAAUUUCCCGCCUUGCAGGAACGUCUACGACAGCUCGGGACUUCAUUCCGCACUAGGUUACAGAUUUUAUUGGGAGACUUGGCAUACCAACCAGAUGUCGAUAUGAGGUUCUUGGGUGUCGCCAUGAACUUCAAUGACGUAUACCAGCCUGCGAGGAGGAAGUCCAAGACAGCUCAAACAACGUCGACAGCUGCUGCAGCAGCGGCAGGAUCGGCAAAUGCGCCUAAACCCUGA